AUGACGACCUCUGUAGUCCCCUUCAACCGGCUGGUGAGGCUAGCCGCGCGUGCUUUCUACGACGAUCUGCCCCCGGAGACCGCCGGCGGCGGCCAGCAGCAUGCGCAGGGCACGGCCGUGGUCGUCCUCGACGCCCUCACCAGACGGGACGGGCAGUGGGUCCGAGAGGACGACCUCGCCGCGUCUCUAAGGCUGCAGCCCAAGCCGCUCCGCCGCGUGCUCCGCUACCUCGAGGAGGACAAGAUAGUGUCGAGGGACCACCGGAAGGAGCUGGCGCCGGCCAAACCAGCCGCCACCGGUGUCGCCGAGGAGGGCGACGAGAAGGAGAGGGUGAAGCUGCACGUGAAGUCCUACUGCUGCCUGGACUACGCGCAGGCCUGCGACGCCGUCAGGUACCGGAUGCACCGCAUGAGGAAGAAGAUCAGGGACGAGCUGACGGCGGACAGCAGGGCCACGAUCCAGCACUACCUGUGCCCCGGCUGUGGGAGGCGGUACUCGGCGCUCGACGCCCUCAGGCUCCUCGCCGAGGACUGCGAGAGCUUCCGGUGCGAGCACUGCAGCGGCGAGCUGGUCGUGGAGAAGGCUGCCACGAUCGCGACCGACGAGGCCGGGGACGGCGGUGAGGACGGCAGCCGCGCACGGAAGCGCAGGCGGCUUGAGAAGCUGCAGGACAUGCAGCGGAGGAUGGAGGAGCAGCUGGAGCCGUUGCAUGCGCAGAUCCAGAGGAUGGAGGGCCUGCCUGCUCCAGAGUUCAUGAGCCUGCGGUCAUGGCAGAAAGAAAACAAUGUCGCCGCAGCAGCUCCAGCUCCAUGUCGCCGAGACCCGGAGGUUGAACUUGGAGUACUAUUGCACGGUGCAGAUCAGUCUGGCACGGUCAGUGAUUCAGUACCGAAGGUCUUUCCUCCAUGGAUGGUAAAACUAGGCAUGGAUCUGACCGGUGGGAAAGCAAGAUUGGAAGGAAAGUCGGAAGGCGAGGACGACAAAAAGAUGAACUCGAAUGAAGAAGAACAAGAAAAGCAGCGUAUACUAGAACAGGAAUACGCCAAGGCUUAUUAUGAAGCCCUUCUGAAACAGCAGCAGCUGGGCGCAAAUAUCAAACACGAAGACGAACAAGAGCUGGGCGCGAAUAUCAAACACGAGGACGAACAACAGCUGGGCACAAGUAUCAAACACGAGGACGGUGAAGACGUGGAGGAAGAAGCUGGGAUUGAGUGGGAAGAUGGCGAUGCUGGGAUUGAGUGGGAAGAUGGCGAAAACUAA